AUGACAAUGGCUUUCAAUAUCAAGAAUCCAGUAUUAGAAGAAGAAAACCUUUUUGCCCUUUUCUGUGUAGGAUGUCCUUGUUCUGUCUUCCUCACCAGUCCCAUUCCUGCUUCCCCUUUCAAAUCAAAACCCUUUAGCGGUAGAACUUCCAAAAAGCUUUGGGCUUGUAAUAAAGUUCAGGGUACUUCUAUAAAUGUUUUUAAAAAUAAACAUCAAAAACCAAAAUCUGGCAAAUUCAUACCUUUGGAGAUUAAAAAAAAGGAAACACUUGAUGUGGUCGAAGAACUUCGGACAGCACACAGAAGUAUUUGUUUUCCCAAACACUUGUUCAAAAGUGAACAUUUUAAGGAGCCCUCACAAGGAACUUUUUUCAAGGAGCCAGACAUUUUUAGCGUAAAGGAGAAGUUCAAGGACUCUAUGGAUCUAAUUGCGAAAGAGCAAGUUAAACUGGGUAAAAUAGUGACUAAUAUUGAAUCAGUGGGUAAAAAAAUGGAGAAAGAAAAGCAUCAGCACCAUGGGAAGUCCAGAUUGUUGGUCUCACCUUUUGCCACCCCCAUCAUCAACCUCGGCUUGCCCUUACAACCCAUGACCUCCUCUUCCCUGGGGCUUCUGAAAGAACAUGACAAAACAUUCUCUGAUUGGAGAGGAAUGGUGCCAACAAAGUCUCCCCGUUUGACUCCUCACCCCAGCUGGCCUAGUUUGUAUGGGUCAUCAUCAGUGUUUUGGAAGUACUGUCCUAAAACUUUAAUGAAGAAAGAGCAACAGCCUAUCAAACCAAAGCCGGGACCAAAGCCAGGACCCGGGGUAAAGUCUAUUCUAAGUAGAAGUGGUAAACAUGACAAUAAAGUUAAAAGAAUUGGACCACACAUAGAAAUCUUCCAAGUGUUCCGGGAAAGGACCAAAUUUGUAAAUACCAAAAAAGUAGUUAGAAUGAUCAUCAUCAUGCAGGCCUAUGUCAGAGGAUGGCUUGAACGCAAAAGAUUGCAGAGAAUAAUGAUCAAGGCUUUGUCUCAUGGACCAAAUUUGAGGGCAGUUAUAAACAUGUAUCACAGACAGAUCCAUCGUGUUAAGUAUCGACUUGGUCUUUGGAGGACAAGACAAAUUAUAAACUUCACAGAGCUAGAGGAAUGGAUGGACAGAAAAAAGUUCUAUGAAACAAUGUUUGCUAAGAGAGAAGAUUGGCAGGGAUUAGAAAGAAGUGAGCUCCUUAAGUUCUUCAACGACUGUGGUCAUUUCCCAACCCAGCAGCAAAUUGAUGAGGUUUGGGAUCUGGUCCAUAGAGAGGACCAUCAGAAAUAUUCUGAACUCAUCAAGAAGUUCAAUGCGAUUGAAAUGUUAUUUACGCUUUAUCCUCCUCAAGGUGCCCACGUGCGUAAUAAUAUACGACUUAAGUCAACUUGGCUGAGACCCAUAGUAAAUGGGGAAGAAGGAUAUAGAUAUAUAGUGAGUGGACAUCCAGUACUCAAGAGAGCUAACAUCCAGAUUGUUGGAAAGUUAGUAUCCAGAUCUAUAAGAGAAAGGAAAAUGAGACAUUUAUCGUGAGAAGUAGAAUAAUGUUUCAAUACAAUUUUACUUUCUUAAGAGUUGAACAGAUCUACCCAAAGAAAUGUGUUAACAUCAGCCAUGGAUUAAUUAUGUAUUA